CGUGGGGGCGGCGGCGGAGGCCGAGGCUGCGGCGUUAGCUGUGGCGGUGACGGAGGCGGCGGCACUUCAGUCAGAGAGGGCGCUCGGCCAGGACCCCCGGAAGGCCCCAUGGAGGCGUCGGCGGGCGGAGGCUGCGGCGCUGGGCCGCCUUUGCUGCUGAGCGACGGCGAGCAGCAGUGCUACUCUGAGCUCUUUGCCCGCUGCGCGGGCACCGUGAGCGGGGGCCCCGGGUCCGGACCCCCCGAGGCCGCCAGGGUCGCCCCCGGCACUACCACCACCGCCGCCGCCGGCCCAGUGGCCGAUCUGUUCCGAGCGUCUCAGUUGCCCUCCGAAACGUUGCACCAGAUCACAGAACUCUGUGGUGCAAAGCGGGCUGGCUAUUUUGGUCCAACACAGUUUUAUGUUGCCCUGAAAUUGAUUGCUGCAGCCCAGUCAGGCCUCCCUGUGCGGACAGAGAGUAUUAAAUGUGAAUUACCUCUGCCUCGCUUUGUGAUGUCAAAGAGUGAUGGUGAGAGAAGAAUUGGGAACCCAGCUGAGCUACUUGGAACUAAGGUCCAGAUUCCAUAUUUAACCACGGAAAAAAACUCCUUCAAAAGAAUGGAUGAUGAGGAUAAACAGCAGGAAACACAGUCUCCCACGAUGUCACCCCUCGCCUCCCCUCCUUCUUCCCCGCCUCAUUACCAGAGGGUGUCCUUGAGCCAUGGCUACAGCAAACUGAGGAGCAGCACAGAACAGAUGCAUCCAGCUCCUUAUGAAGCCAGACAGCCCCUUGGCCAGUCUGAAGGACCCUCAUCAGGGGGUCCAGGAUCCAAACCCCUUCGGCGCCAGGCAUCUCUUAUUCGGUCCUUUUCAGUGGAGAGAGAACUGCAGGACAACAGCAGUAAUUACCUGGAUGAACCCUGGAGGAUAACAGAAGAACAGCGGGAGUACUACGUCAAUCAGUUCCGGUCCCUCCAGCCAGACCCGAGCUCUUUCAUUUCAGGGUCUGUGGCAAAGAAUUUUUUCACCAAAUCAAAGCUUUCCAUCCCAGAACUGUCCUAUAUAUGGGAACUCAGUGAUGCUGAUUGCGAUGGAGCUCUGACCCUACCUGAGUUUUGUGCUGCAUUUCAUCUUAUUGUGGCACGGAAGAACGGCUACCCACUGCCUGAGGGCCUGCCUCCAACUCUGCAGCCAGAGUACCUGCAAGCAGCUUUCCCGAAGCCCAAAUGGGAGUGUGCAUUAUUUGAUUCUUAUUCUGAGUCAAUGUCAGCAAACCAGCAGCCUCGUGACUUGAAUCGGAUGGAGAAGACAUCUGUUAAAGACAUGGCUGACUUUCCUGCCCCUACCCAAGAUGUGACUGGUGAUGACAAACAAGCUUUGAAAAGUACUGGCAAUGAAGCAUUAUCCAAGGAUGUGUCUGAGGAUCCAGCAACUGCCAAGGACUGCACCAGUCUCAAAGCAAGACCAAGAUCCAGAUCUUACUCUAGCACCUCCAUAGAAGAGGCCAUGAAAAGGGGGGAGGACCCUCCCACACCACCACCACGGCCACAGAAAACCCAUUCCAGAGCCGCCUCCUUGGAUCUGAAUAAAGUCUUCCAGCCCAGUGUGCCAGCUGUUAACUCAGGAUUGUUACCCCCACCACCAGCCCUUCCUCCAAGACCUUAUCCAUCACAGUCUGAACCAGUGUCUGAAGGUGAUUUACAUCCUCAGCUGAACAGAGCCCCUUCCCAGGCUGCAGAAAGUAGUCCAGCAAAGAAGGAUGCACCACAUGCUCAGCCUCCAUCAAAGCCUAUUCGUAGGAAAUUCAGACCUGAAAAUCAGUCUACAGAAAACCAGGAGCCUUCUACUGGUGGGACAGCUUCUGCAGCGACGGUGAAACCUCACCCAACGGUCCACAAGCAAUCUUCCAAACAGAAGAAAGCCAUUCAAACUGCCAUCCGCAAAAAUAAAGAGGCAAAUGCAGUGCUGGCCCGCUUGAACAGUGAACUCCAGCAGCAGCUCAAGGAGGUUCACCAAGAACGGAUUGCAUUGGAAAACCAGUUGGAACAACUUCGUCCAGUCACAGUGUUGUGACCCCCUCAAGGCUCAAGUGAUAGUGGGUGAUGUCGUCUGCCAAGAUCUUUCUUUUGAAUGUUUGAGUCCAACUACUUGUCAUAGAUGUCUGUCUAAAGCUGUGAGCAGCACAAUAUAAUCUUAUGGCCUUCUCUCUUGCACUUCACUUGUGUAUUUUACUGUGGUGGAAAAAAUUUCUUUGCACUUAAAAUCAUAAUUAUCAGCUACUUGGGAGGCUGAGAUGGGAGAAUCAUAAGGUCAAGGCUAACUUGAGAAGUUUAUUGAGACCCUGUCUCAAAAUAAAAAUAAAAAUAAAAAGAGAGCUGCAGAUAUAUACCUCGGUGGUAGAGUGCUUGCGUGGAAGGCCCUCAGUUCAGUCCCUGGUACCAUUUAAAUAUUAUAAUGAUCAGUGAAAUUUAUCUCCCAUUCUUAACUACUUUCCCAAGGUUUUAGAUACUGCUCCUUAUAAAAAAAAAUUAGUCUUCCAGCAAACAAUUUACAGCAUUAUUUAUUUACAAAAUUUAUAAUUUUUAUGGAACCUUAUAACGAGGUACUGUCAGGAUGCUAGUUUUAUUCUUAUAUGUAUGUCACAUACAGUAGGUUGGUUUCCUGAAUAAUUUGAAUUCCAACUGGAUAGUCUUAGGUAUGAUGAUAAUCAAAACAAAAGCCAAAAUAAAAUAAAAGCACCACAUUUUGACUGGCACUGUGCCCUCUACCACUAUAUGCCAAAAAUUACUUUUCCAGUGCCAUUUUGAUAUUAUAUCAGCUAUAAAUAAUACAUGACUAUUAUUUUAUGUUGAAUGUCAAAGUCUUAUUGGGUCUUUACACCUCUGUGAAGUGGAGAUUUUGGCAGUGUGCUGUUUAACUUGGCCAGUCUAGGCCAUCAGCCCAGAUAACUCAGUCCUUUUAAUGUAAAUCUUUGGGUAAGCCCAAUCUACUUUAACUGCCCUGUCCAAGCAAAUUAAGUAAAUAUUUGCCAGAUCUCUACUCUUAUCCUGCACAGGAUAACACAUCUGUAAAGGCAUGAGCUUGGAAACCACUCAUCAAAUACAAUAAUUUGGAUUAAUACAUAUUUUGUUUGAACCAAGAGAUCCAAGACGAAGAUGAAAGGGAAAUGACUACCAACUCUCCAACAAUCUCUGGUUGUCAUUUUUGUCUUUAUUUAGCCUGGAUUGUAAACAUAUUGAGUUAGAAGUUAUAAUGUAAGAACAUGGUCUUUCCACUGUCUAUAUAACUAUUUGUUCUCUGUAAACUAUACCUUUGAAGUAUUUGGUUUAUAUACAUUUCAGAGGAGUUCAGAUAACUCUGGUGGAGGUGAUAUAGAGGAAGCUCAAAUUGCAGAAGCCAGUGUCCCAUAGAAAUUUAAUAGUAAACCCAAGUGGAAAGUGGGAAGUGACUGACCCUGUAGGGGCACAGGAUCCUCAGUUCACUGACCCUCACAGGACAUUUCAAUGUUAACACCGUACUGAGAGACUCACAGCAUGAUGUAUUAUCUGCUGUGCAUUUUACUAACUUGUUCUUUGGAUAUUAGGAUGAGGUGUGCCCAGGAUCCUUUUUGAAAUGGUUUGGGAUAGAUUUGCAACAUUUGGGAUUAAGCUCUUCAUUUCAAUAGAACUGAGAACUUUAUGUAAAAGUAGGCAUUUAUCAGAUACUUCCUUGUUUCAUUGGCAAGUUUUAUCAGUAGCUUAACAACAGAAGUGAAAGGCUCAAACAGAUGAUGUUAUUUUCCAAAGAAAAACAAAAUGUUGAAUCUCUUCCAUCCAUAUUUGAGGAUUUGAAACUGAUUUGAUUUUCAAAGUCAUGAAACUUGAACUAUUUCUGCCUUUCCUUUUCUCUUCUCUUUUGGCUGCCUUUUUUGGUUCUUGAGGGGAAAGCUCAGGGGUAAGUUUAAACCCUUUCUAAUAUUAUGAAUGGGUCAUUGCAAAUUUCUAGGCAACUUCUUUGUCCAUACACUGGGAUCUGGAAACCAUAGCAAAUUUUAUCAGCAGUGUUCUGAUUACAGAUGUUACACAAUGUGUUUGGCUUUUGGUACAUUCCAUUCAGGAAAAGCUAACUAACAUAUGCACUUUAUCUCAAAAAUCUUCCAGUGCAUAUGCACUCAUUUGGGAUAACACUUCAUAUUCACCAACCAGACAUGACCUAAGGAAUGUUAGUCUAUACUAUACAUUCAAAAAACACUGAUAUGCUGUUUCCUCCAUUAAGUCAGUGACAAAGGGAUUUGAAUUAGGAGGUUGGACUUUUGUUUGGUUGGCUCGGUUUUCCUUAAAGGAAAGACAACUUGCAUUGGACAAUCAAGGCCCUCCGAGUUUCACAGUCUCACCAAUAUAUUUAUGUGGUGCUGGGGAUCAAACCAGGGCCUCAUGCAUGCAAGACUGGGACACAUCUCCAGCCCACCACUGAUAUUUUUGAUAGGUAUUGCAUUAAAGCACACACCAAUAAUAUGUAUACUCUGCAUUCUUAGCUGGACCUACUUUGAUCCGUUUAUUAAUUGCUUAGAAAUAGAUUUUUAGAAAGAAAUAUUUGUGUGUGCAUACAAAUACACACACCCACACUGUUGCUAUUUUAUAACUAGUACUCAUUCUCUAGUUCCAUGUUUCUUAGGAUGUGCACUUUUAAUUUAUGGCUUUAAUGCCUGAUAAUAUUUUUGAGAGCCUUUAAUAAUGGUUUAUAGGAAGGCUGGCACAUUGAAAUCUCCUAUAAAACUGCUCUAGAAUUAAUAGCCAUCUAAUGUAAAAAGAAGCUUCUCUGAUGAGGGAUAAGAGAUGUAGACUUGCUUGUUGGGAAGAAUUCUACUGAAUGAAUGUUAAUGCUAUCCCCAUUCAAGGGUGUUAAAUGCCUUGUUGCUCAGUGGCAUUCCCCCAUGGGCAUUGUCCAGUCCCACAGAUGAAAGCACAAGAGGCACUUAUAGUGGGCUUAUUAGGGCCUUUGGCAUCUCGUAAAUGACAUACUGCAUUUGGCCACCUUUCUAGCCAUAGACUAAGAGCAAAAAUCAAAUGAUAGACAUCUAGAAUGGAUGUGUAUGUGACAAUCAAGGGAGAUAUUUGGCGUAGUUGGAAAGCUGUAACUGCUUUACAAAUGUUGUACAAGUGCUUGGGACUAAUUGGGAAAAGAGUCCACUUAGCUAGAAGCUAUGUCCAUAUGACUGGGAUAUCAUAGCUAAACAGGACUGGUACUCAUAUACUCAUGGUAUAUAGCAUGUGGCAAAACCACAACCCUAAGAACUAGGAGUUCUUGGCCUAGAAAUCCAUACAAAGAGGUAGCUAGUGGUAGAGUUGGCAUGCCAGCCUGAUCUUAUGGAUUCCAAGUUAGUCCUCUGUCAUUCCUCAAAAUAGAUUAGAAAGGCUUUUCUUUUAUCAUGUUGAAUUUAAUUGACUUAAUUGUCUUCAAAUGUGAAAACAUCUAAGAAGUUUUAUACCUAGGCGUUUAUCUUGAAGUAAAAAAUAAAAUAUGAAGGAAAAUAAUAUUAUUGAAACUAUUCUUUUAAUGCCUCAUCUUUGAUGAUACAGUAAGUUACUUGAAAUCUUGGCAGAACUUGAGACAGCUGUUACUUUGAAUGGAUUCCAUUCUUGUGUUCCUUAUGGGAGUUUGUUUUUGAAAUAGACUACUGUGAUUAAAAUGAACUCAGCAUGAAGCAAGUUAUAGUUUUCUCCAGUGUAUCUUUGAUUGCUUGUGUCUCAAAUGUUCAAUUUUAGUACAUUUUAGGGUAAGUAAUAAAAAACAUGGACUUUGAUUUUGUACCAAUGUCUGAACUAUUGUAAAAUAUUUUUUUCUUUAGAUGUGAUUUGAAUGUAUAGUGUUUCUAAAUAUUUGUCAGUGUCCUGAAUGGUCUUAUAAUCAUGGUAAUAAUAGAUAUAUAAUUAGAUGAUCAAUUAGAUGAUAUCUGGAAUUGAGGUGAUUCUUGCCAUUAAGACAGACAUUUGCAAAUGUCUUCUAAGCAGUAGUUGGAAAGAGUUCAAUUAUAAGUAUUAACACCUUAGAGCUAAAAACAUUUGUUCAACACACACUACAGUCACACCUCUGACUAGAUAUCAUCAAGGAGCUGCAAUUUUUAAGAUGUAAAAAUAAGAAUUUAACAUCUCAUAACAACCAGAUCCUCCCAUGUUACUGACAAGUAGGCUCAUUAGGUUGUGGUUUGAACAUCGUGAGUGUUAACAAGUGAAAUAGUGCUUAAAGUAAUCUCUUCCCCCUGUAGUUAAAAAGAACAGCAGUAAAACUUUUGUUUCUCUUUCCAACUGGUUUACUCUAUUUCGAGUGCUCCAUUCAAACUCUAAUUUCCAAGGAUCACUUGAAUUGAUACUCCAGUUAUGGGUAUUAUAGUUUUUUGUGUUAUGACUCAGUGUAGUUCAAGUAAGAAGUAGAGAUUUGGGUUUGUGUAGUUCUUAGCCUGCCCAUCUUGCUUCUCUUUCAGCACAGGCUAAUAGGGAUUAUGACCAACACAGACAUAUUAGUCACUGAUUGUAAUUUGACUGGAGAUUACCUUGUGUCACUCUACUUUGUGAAGAGAAUGUGUUCAGUUAUAUGAACUCACACGAGCAGCAGACAGAGAGGACCAGAAUAUAAAAGCAAUGCACACGGAUUCCAGGAGCUGCUGCCUAUCCUCAAACAGGCUUUCAGAGGACAUUUUAUAAAUAUGCUUUGAAGCAGCCAUUGUGUUGCUGUGAGCAAGACAGCCUAGGUAUAGUUAUUUUCUAGGCUUGUACUAUCAUUUUCUACACUGGAUAAAGAUACAUGAUAAGACAGUGUGCUUUUCUAGGAAGCACUGCAGGGUUUCAGUUGCUGGUGCCUGCUCUGUUUGCAGAAGCCUUGCCUUGCCUUGCUGUCGACAAUUAGAGAAUGCUUAUUUUUCAUGUCUUGCCAUUUCUCCUCUCUUGCUCCAAGCUAAUUUCAUGGCUGUGGGAGGUUAGAGAAACUAAGUUUACUGACUCUGAACACCAGAGGACAGCAGGCUCUAAGAGGGCUCAAAUUGGAAUUUGAGGACUACAGUAAGGAUACCCUCAGGCACCAAGUUUAUAGCAGUCUGUGGGAUGGUAGGACUAGCUCCUAAAUUUCCUUCAGGGAGCUCUGCCAUGAGACAGAACCGAGUAACCCCAUUGUAUGCAGCUUGGAUCAACUAAGAUGUACCAUUUUUGAUUUAAGUCAACUGGUGUGACAGCUUCAACUGCACCCACCUUGGGAACCAAGAAUACCCCCUUCUUUAGCACUGCCAUUAUUUUCAUCUUCAGCACAAAUAAGAUAUUUGAGCCAGAGGCAAAAAGAGCCAUUUUAGACUUCAUAAUGAUUGGCUAAGAGCGAUUAAUGAACUGACUGUCUAUUUUAAUCUUGAAAGUAAAAAUGUAUAUUAUAUUUUUUCACUACAGGUACAUGGAACAGUAAAAAGUGUAACAGCAAAGUUUAUAUUUGAUGCUUUCUGUCUUUUCAUGAUAAUGCUCUAACAAGUUGUGUUAAUAUUUAACUCAGCCAGAGUCUCAUUCAUUUGCUAAGCAUUGGGAACAUUCUGUAUAUUUACCUUAAACAUAAAUAAAUCCCCAAGAGUGUCCUAUAUUUGGAUAGUGAUUUGUAGACUCAAGCUAGCUUUACUGCCUCUUUUUCACACUUGUUGAAAAAUCUGUGAAGAACAUAGUAAGUUAAGGAUCUUCAACUUGGAAAAUAUACGUGAUGUGAAAUUGAGGUGCUAUGUUAAAAAUAAAUAUAUGAUAAUGAUGUCA